ACUAAGAAGAGCUCUUGAGAGAAAUGGAUAACUCGAAUGUGCUUGUUAGGGGAAACCGUCAAGUGAAUGAAGAGAAGCCUCCUCCGCGAGUGUGUCCAAGGUGUAGCUCAGACAACACCAAGUUUUGUUUCUACAACAACUAUAGAGUGACUCAACCUCGCUACAACUGCAGGAACUGUCGCCGAUUCUGGACUCAUGGUGGAGCUUUAAGGGACGUACCAAUUGGUGGAAGAGCCCGCAAAAUCAAGCGUAUAGAACAGCCGUCUGUUUCUCAGGUGGUUCCUGAUGAGAUCCAGCAGGUUAAUCAUCACCAACCUUUCUCACAUGUUCAAGAAACAACCCAGUUUCUUGAACCAUUUGGUGGUUCUUAUUCCUCCGCUGUUGUUGGGAACCAUUUCAGUCCUUUGCCUGAAACUCAUGGUGAUAUGAUGCUUCCAACUCGAAGUAUUCCACCGAUGGAUCUCUUUGAUGGAUUGUUUCACCAAGGUUAUUACGGUGCUGGACUCAAUAAUUUUGUUGGUAAUCAUUUGAUGAAUCAAUCAAUUGGUGGACAUGUUGAUAACUAUAACAGUUACCGCGUGAACCAAGAGAAUCCAAACAUGCCAAACCAGAGCUUCACCAACACCAUGAUCAUGAACCAUAAUGCCGGCACUAGUGAAAGAAGAGGAUAUCCAGGCAUUGAUCACAUGAACAACAACAACAACAACAAGUCUGUGUUUAGAUCCUCCUAUCAGUUGGGGAAGCAUGGUCCUUGAAUCAUAACCGUUUUACCCGUUUUCUCUUUAUAUUAUGCUGAUAAUGUUUUAGUUUUUAGUUUAUGGUUUCUGUUCGGUCAUCUUGUUUUUCAGCUCUGU